AUGAGCGCAACGGCCGAAUCCCAACGAUCAUGUGCUGCCGUCACACCACCCUCAACAUUUAUGCCACAAGCCGCUCCCAAAACCGCGACCUCGACCGAUCCUCUCGUCCCCACGGUUGACACACUCUACUGCGCGAUUGAUGCUUUGCGGAUACAAGAUGAUGAUACCAGGCGCUUGAACACCGGAACCCGCGUCCUACGAGACGAUCGCUCCCUGAUAAAGGUGGACACUGUCAGCCCGACGCCAAUGAAGCUGCCACCGCGUGCACAAGGGGCAAAUCCGCCAACUUCUCCUCAAAAGUGCUUGUUAUCGCGACCAGGACAAUUCACGGUUGAAAGUCGACGAUGCACGGUAUGCCGGGUUAGGGAGAGAGCUCUCAGGCAUCGACAGCCGCGACACGGAACCGAUACUGCGAAUCAUGAUCCUGCAAGUGGUCACGCGGUCAACAGCGAUAAAGAGUAUUCGCGUAAUGAACUCCGUCCUUCAACUCAAGUUCUCGAGUUUGGUCAGUCUGAAGCAUCCAGCGAGAAUGCGCUUGUGGAACGCGUUGACUUGCCACUUCUCUCUGUUCCAGCGCGUAAUCGUUCGCAGACUGUCGAUUGUCAAGGCGGAAGCAGCUUCAUGCUCAACAACCCAAGCUGCCCUCGCUGCAUCACCACGCAACUUCUCGGUCCGACUCUUUCCAACGGCCCGAUCGACGAGAAGAUCUUCUACCCUAAGUCGAAGCCGAUCCUCCAGAUCGCCACGACGGAGGACGAGCUCUUCUCGGUUGUUUUCGAAGACUCCAAGUCCGAGUUCUGCUUGUUUUUCGAUCUGCGUCUCUUCGAUGAGCCCUUCCGAGCAGGACUUGGCCACAUCUCGGAGAUGUUCGUGGAGGGGCAGAUGGAUGAGGCCGUGGGGCCAUCAGAUUCCUCGAGCGCGAAACCAACCCAUGGCCAAUCGAACAAGUUGAGUUGUAGUUUUUCAGCCUUUGGCACAGAACGAAUUGACUACCGCGGGGACUAUCAGUAG